AUGGAGAAGACGGAGCUGAUCCAGAAGGCGAAGCUGGCCGAGCAGGCCGAGCAGGCCGAGCGCUACGACGACAGGGCCACCUGCGUGAUGGCCGGGCCGGAGCAGGGCGCCGAGCUGUCCAACGAGGAGCGCAGCCUGCUCUCCGUGGCCUACAAGAACGUGGUCGGGGGCCGCAGGUCCGCCUGGCGGGUCAGCUCGAGCAUCGAGCAGAAAACCGACACCUCGGACAAGAAGUUGCAGCUGAUUAAGGACUGUCGGGAGAAAGUGGAGUCCGAGCUGAGGUCCAUCUGCACCACGACGCUGGAAUUGUUGGAUAAGUAUUUGAUAGCCAACGCAACUAAUCCAGAGAGUAAGGUCUUCUAUCUGAAAAUGAAGGGAGAUUAUUUUCGGUACCUUGCUGAAGUUGCGAGGGGUGAUGAUCGAAAACAAACGAUAGAUAAUUCCCAAGGAGCUUACCAAGAGGCUUUUGAUAUAAGCAAAAAAGAGAUGCAACCCACACACCCCAUCCGCCUGGGGCUGGCUCUUAACUUUUCUGUAUUCUACGAGAUCCUUAAUAACCCAGAGCUUGUCUGCACUCUGGCCAAAACAGCUUUUGAUGAGGCCAUUGCAGAACUUGGUACACUGAAUGAAGAUUCAUACAAAGACAGCACCCUCAUCAUGCAGUUGCUUAGAGACAACCUAACACGGACAUCAGACAGUGCAGGAGAAGAAUGUGAUGCAGCAGAAGGGGCAGAAAACUAA